UCGCGGGGUUGCUCAAAAACGGCGCGGUUCCAGUAUUUAACCAUUAUUUUUUAAGACAAGAUCCAGCCAGCAUUACCCGUUUCUCUUGAGCUAUUAAACUGAAGAUGGAUAGCCUCGACGCUGACGGUCAAGUGGAGUUUGCUCAGCUUGCAGAGCAAGCAGAAAGACAUGAAGACAUGGCCAAGGCAAUGGCUUUUGUUGCAAAAGAAAGAGCAGUGGCCAAGACACCAUUGACAUCUAAUGAGAGGAAUCUCUUGUCCAUUGCUUUCAAACAUGUUGUGGGAGCUCGUCGCACUUCGUGGAGAGCAAUGGCAAGUAUGGAGACCAAGUACGAAGAGGCAAAGGAGUAUAAGGACCGAAUUGAGAAGGAGCUUAAUGAUAUAUGCAACCAAGUUAUUGAUCUCCUGACUCCAAUCAUAGAGAACGCAACAGAAAAUGAGUCUAAAGUAUUCUACAAUAAGAUGAAGGGAGACUACUACCGGUAUCGUGCCGAAGUUGCUUCAAAUGACAAAAAUGAGAUUGUUGGCAAAGCUAAAGAAGCUUACGAAGCUGCCGUUGAGGCUGGUAAUGAGAUGCCCUCAACUCACCCAAUCAGACUCGGUCUGGCUCUCAACUAUUCCGUGUUCCACUACGAGAUUGCCAACGAGCCUGAAAAAGCUUGUGCAUUUGCUAAAAAAGCAUUUGAUGAAGCUAUUGCUGGCCUGGAUGACCUGAAAGAUGGUAGCAGCUCAUACAAGGACAGUACUCUCAUCAUGCAGCUCCUUAGGGACAACCUCACUUUAUGGACAUCAGCUGAUCAAGAAGCAAAUGAAGAAGGACAAAACUAGCUUUAUACAUGUACUGUGUUUUGAGAUAUUAUUUUAUGCGGGGUAUAAACACAUUUUUAACUUC